AUGCUCUUCACAAAGCUCUCCGCCCUCGCAGCCCUCCAGCUCCUCUCCCUCCCUACAACGAACGCCCAAGCAAACACCAACGCCUCCGCCCCAGGUUCGGAGACCACCGUCCCAUCCUACACCUGCAACCCAGGCUACCCCGUCUCCCCGGCCGAGCAAUCCAUCAUCUUUACAAACUUCCUCCGCAAGUUCUACCUCGAAAAGGACGUCUACCGCGCGGGGAGGGAACACAUCCUCCUCGACGCGAUCAAUCACAACCCCAACGUCAACGGCGACCGCGACGCGAGCUUGGCCUGGGUCGCGCCGCUUAUUGCCGAGUGGAACGUGACGAUUACCAACACUGGGUUUGCGGAUAACGUCGGGUGGAGCCAUGUCAAGGUGGAGGGCCCGGGGAUGGGGCGGUACACUGUUGCUGUUGAUAUUUGGCGGUUCGAGGGGAGUUGUAUUGCUGAGCACUGGGAUGCUUUGCAGGUUGCGCCGCCUGCGAAUAGGACGAACCCGCUUGAGUUGAUCUGA